ACCUCCGAGACACCUCCGAGGCACCUCCGAGACACCUCCGACACACCUCCGACACACCUCCGACACACCUCCGAGACACCUCCGAGACACCUCCGACACACCUCCGACUCUCCUCCGACACACCUCCGACACACCUCCGAGACACCUCCGACACACCUCCGAGACACCUCCGACACACCUCCGACACACCUCCGAGACACCUCCGACACACCUCCGACACACCUCCGACACACCUCCGACACACCUCCG